AUGGCAGACAGGGUGCUAGUAGUCCAAGAAAAGGGUGGACAGUAUCGAGGGACACGAGUGUGGAAGCUCCCUACUGGAGUUGCAUUGGGAGAAGAUAUCUUUGCAGCUGCUGUUACAGAAGUCAAAGAAGAAACAGGAAUUGACUCAGAGUUUGUGGAAGUUCUAUGGCGUUUCUCAUCAACUAUUUCUGAUGUUUACUUCUUGGUUCUUCUUCUUUUUCCUUCCCUUUUAUGGAAAUUUAUACUUGUUAAUGUUCAUAUAAUUUGCAGACAAAGUCACAAGUCGUUCUUUCAGAAGUCAGAUUUAUUUUUUGUGUGCAUGUUACGACCCCUCUCCUUUGACAUCCAGAAGCAGGAACAAGAGAUAGAAGCGGCCAAGUGGAUGCCAUUUGAGGAAUAUGCAGCUCAACCAUUUGUCCAGAAAUACGAGCUUCUGAAGUACAUCCAUGACAUAUGCAAAGCAAAGAUGGAUGGGAAGUAUACUGGAUUUUCUCCAGUGCCCUCUACAAGUUAUUCUGUUCAGAAGAGCAACUUGUACUUGAAUACUAGCACGGCACCCAGGAGAGAGAGUAAACUCUGA